CCUAGACCAUCUAUCGGCUCUUUCUUCCCUCUACCACUCAACUUCCUUCACUUGACUUCCGUUCUCAUCUUCUAUUCCUUAAUUAAUUUCUUCCAUCACCCUCGCUCCUGCUCAUCGCCCUUAUUCUCUUCCCCGAGUGACAGCUAUUUUUCGAGGUGCGCGUGGUUCUCUCCCUCCACCUCUUACUCCCUAGAUAAAUCCCCUUCUGCCUACCGGAGUUCCUCUCACUGUCGCCUUCUGUUAGAAGUACCUGGGGAAGUUCACGAUCGCGUGCCGUUCCUCCUCCGAAUGCGCCUCUAAGAUACCGACCGUCCAUUCCACCCCGAACAGGCUCGCCAUGCCUAACACGCUCACCGUGAGCAAGAAUGGCAGGCGGAGGAGAUCCAGCAGUCUCAUGUACACCGAGCCUCCGGAGUCGCUGGAGCAGCUCAGCGACCAAGCUUCCCUCCCCAACCUAAAUGCGGAAUGGGUCAACGCGAAAGGCGCAUGGAUCAUCCACCUCGUCCUCAUCUGUUCCCUCAAGAUCUUCUUCGACAUCAUCCCCGGAGUCAGUCAAGAAACCUCAUGGACCCUCACCAACAUCUCCUACAUGUUCGGCUCGUACAUCAUGUUCCACUGGGUCCGAGGCGUCCCGUUCGACUUCAAUGCAGGAGCAUACGACAACCUCAACAUGUGGGAGCAGAUCGACGACGGUGACCAAUAUACGCCGGCGAAGAAGUUCCUGCUGAGCGUCCCGGUCAUCCUCUUCCUGAUCAGUACCCAUUACACGCAUUAUGAUUUCACAUAUUUCAUGAUCAACUUCCUUGCGACGCUUGCGGUUGUCCUACCUAAAUUACCAUGGAGCCAUCGGCUACGAUUUGGAUUGUUCUCGGGUCCUCCUGAAGAUAGGUAACGCAAUGGAGAGGUGGACAUGGAGUUUGGUGUGCUGGCUCAUAUUGCAUUGUUUGGCGUUUUAAAGAUACAGUCCAUGGGAACGGUCCAGCCGAAGUGAUGGAGAGGGAUAGGACGUGUCUGACCUCGAAACUCACCAUCACACCCUUGACGCUCGGUGUACGGACACUGGGUGGGACGUGGACAGAUUGGCAAUGGUCUGGCUCCUCGCAACCUACAUGGGGGGCACAUUGGUUGUCCUUUGUUCUUCUUGGCUCUAUUGUAACAUGCGAAUGGACAAUAGUAGCUGAGGGCGAGCCAAAUGGACUUGCGCUUUGAUAACUGGACACCUGGGUUAUUAUUGGCGCUCCGAUGUGGCAUUUACAUGUAGCUUUCCACCCUAAACAGUGUGAACUCUUUCUUAAUGCAAUAUAUAAUGUAUGGCGGUGGCUAUUCUCUGCGGAAUAUUGGCAGCAGCACCUCCUCAAACCUCC